UGCCUACAUCGAUCACCGUAUAUAACAAAUUUUCCCUUUGCCUUCACGCAUACAUAUCCAUAUUUCCAAGAUAUAUCUACAAAUCAUUGUGAUGGCAUACCGUCAAUGGUACAUGCAUCUACUGGACAUUCAUUCGUUGACCCAAAGGAAUACGAUUUUGAAACAAUGGCACUAAAGGCAUUGGGUGGUUUCAUUUUGAUAUUAAACGAGAAUGGUGAAAUAUAUUACGCCUCGGAAAAUAUCGAAAUAUAUUUAGGAUUUCACCAGUCAGAUAUACUCCAUCAACCUUUGUUUGAGAUGAUACAUUCAGAAGAUAGAGAAGAUAUAAAAAAUCAACUGUCGUGGAAUUACAACGUUCCACCCCAUAUCACUAAUUUUCAAGAUCUGCUAACACCAGCUGGAAUAUAUUAUCUGGAAAGAAAUGUUAACGCUAGGUUUCGUUGUUUAUUGGACAAUACAUGUGGCUUUUUGAGAAUCGACGUGCGUGGAAAAUUAAUGUCACUCCAUGGAUUACCGCAUUCUUACAUGCUCGGAAGAACAGAAAUGCAUCCGGCAUCCGGUGAAAUUGUCCUUGGAUUAGUUGCCGUUUGCAGUCCGUUUGUUCCUCCUACUAUCAUUGAUCAACCCUUUGAAGAUCCGAUCUUGAAGACGAAGCAUUCAAUUGAUAUGAUUAUGAUAUCAACUGAUAAUCGAAUGAGGUUAGUGUUGGAGUUGAAUGACAAGCAUCUACCUUAUAGUUUUUAUACAUUGGUUCAUGUCGAUGAUGCGAUUUGCGUGGCAGAAGCGCAUAAAGAAGUUAUGAAGAAUGGUGCUAGUGGACUUUUAAUCUAUCGACUAAUCAGUGUGCAAAGCCAAAGGCUUUAUUGGAUUCAAAGUAGUUGUCGAAUGUUCUACAAAAAUGGCAAACCAGAAUCUAUUGGCAUGACCCAUCGCUUACUUACUGAAGUAGAAGGGACAAUGCUACUGGAUAAACGCGCCUCUUUGAAAACUAAGCUUUUAUCCUUUGAUGAUUCUCUUUUACAGUCACCUCAAAAUCUUCAAUCAACUGCAGCGCUACCUUCAACAUCUUCAGGAAUGUUAUUCGAAUCAACUUAUUAA